AUGGCUUCUCGUGUCAGGCCGGCGUCCGUCACGAGACUCUCCCUCGAAGCGGCUUCCAGCUCCCUCAGACCCGAAUCAGAGGUCUCUAUCUCGCAGCUGGUCAAACCAACAAUUCUUCCCCCCUUCCCCUCCAAUCCCAAGCCACCUGAAGCCGCAACAGUGUCUUGGAACGGAAGACCCCCCGUCAACCCCCAUCACCCCCAUCCCUUGGCCGAUGCGCACGGCGUCCAUGUCUUGUUGACAUCCCGCACUUUCACCAUGUGGGUUUGGUCUCAGAGACAAAAAUCCCGCCCCCAAAUUUGCCCUUCAUGA